AUGGAAAAACUCCCCGAACGGACCAGCGAGAACAGCAGGAAACCUUCACCAGCGCCCGUUAUCAAGCAGGACCAAAAUCUAAUCGCCAUCGUCAACAGCCUGCUGGACAGCCUGACCGACAAGGAGGAGCUGCUGCGCAGUACGACCGAGGCCUCCCUCAUCCGCAUCGCCAAACGACGUCACGAUGAAAUCGUAGAAGUGUUCUGUGAGUACCGGAAGAAGAACCCUAAGCUGAGCGAUACUCACACGCUGAUCAUACUUAGAGUGAUAUCCUACAUUGCGACGAAUCUGAUCGACGUAAUCGAUCCGACAACGGCUUCCAAAUGCAUCCAUUACAGCACGGCCGAAAUUACGCGCAUGAGCGAACAAAACGCGGUAGUGCAGAACCCUUGCCGGGAGAUUCUCGUUGCCGUUGGGCGACGUUACUGCAAACAGAUCAUGGAGAUCUUCAUCGCGCACCUGGAGCAGAACCAGCUCGGGAACUUCAUGAUCGUACAAUCUGUGGGUGCGCUUGCGACCGCCAACACGAUGGAUACGGUACCGUUCAUCAAGCCGAUCCUUGCGCUCAUCCUCCCGACGCUUGGUUCGAUUAAGCAGGACUUCUUGCGGCAGGCGUAUGCGUACGCGAUCGGGCGGUUCUGUGAGGCGUUUUCGGAGUACCAGGAGUAUCAGCGCCAGAACCCGAACGAAGAGAUACCGAUGAAAACGGGCAUUCGGUAUGAGAUUCACGACGAAAUGUCGAUUGUCUACGAUCACUUCCACGCGCACUGGUUGUCCUCACGCGAGCCCAAGCUUACUGGGGAGGUUUUGAAUGCAUUCGCAUUCAUGUACCCACUGUUACCCGUGGAAAGGAUCAGCGAACACCUCGGGAAAACGGUCACAAGCGUGCUGUCGUUGUACCGGAAGAGCCUCGACCGAAGCGCCGUCACGCAGUACCUGGCCGCUAUCAUCAAAACCGUACUUGAGCUCGAUUCGAAGCUGCUUGCUCCGAUGUCCGACAAUCUGGUCGCGUGCCUAUUCGAGCUGGUGUGCGUCAGCCCGGACUACGACAAGCCGCAAACGGUGAAAGGACACUUUGAGGUGUUGCGUUGUUUCGACCUGCUCGCGCCAGAGUACGGAGAAAAGAUCAUCGAGAUACUGCUCAUACAUUUGCGCAACAACAACGAGCGUGAGCGCAUUAAAUCGCUCCUCGUGGUGACGCACCUGACCAAUACAUCCGAGCCAGUCGUGCGGGAUCGGCUUCCGGAGAUCACCGGCAUCCUGAAGGGUAUGCUGGCGACAGAGAAACCGAUCCGGGUACGAAUCGUCCUGCUCCGGACGGUGGUUGCGUUUAUGCAGAAGAAUUUCGUACGCGACCGGGAGUUUGUGACGUUUCUGAUACGCAGCAGUUGCCGCCCGAGCAAACCAAACGCGGAUCAUGGUAGUCCAGAGGAGCACCAGGAGUUUCAGCGGGCGUGUAACGAUACAAUGCACAUCCUUUCGUCCACGGUCGGGACGGUUGAUCACCUGUUGAAGGUGGAAUUACUGCAGGCGUACCUGCGGUACGAGUACACCGACAUCUGCGGCACGAUUGGGAAAUGUUUGGCGAAUCUGUUCGCAAAAGAUCCCGAGCUGGCGCUACCGGUGGAGCGACGUAAUCCGUUUGACGAGGCAGAAGCUGCUGUUGAGGAACCGUUACCACCGCCACCACCGGUGUCGGUGUUCGUAAGGACACUCGCGCUGUUGGGGAACUUCAGUGAGCUGGGACGCGUGCAGAAUUUGCUCGCAUUUCUCCGGAGCUACGCUGGAAGUCUCUAUCGGCAUCUAGUGCCACUGUGGAACGAUCGGAUUGGCACGUUGCAAGCUGACCUGUCCGCUGGCACCGUGGAUGAACGGCGAUAUUUCGAGCUGCUGUUUGCGUUCAUUCAGGACACGAUUCGGGACGUGGAUGAGUACCAGUUUGUGGAGGGAGUUAUCGCGGAGAUGUUCCACCAGCUACCACUCUACCAACAACCGGGAAGUGGUGGUACGGGUGGAGCUGUAGGUGGAGGUAGUACAGGAAGUGGUGGUGCCGGAUCCCAAUCGAUCGAGUUCCGUGUUCCACCACUCGAUCAGGAGAAGCGUAUGCUCGUGAAGGUGUUCGGUGUAUGCCUUUGCCAUUCGCUCGAUGAACACCUGAUCGCGAACAAGCUGGAUCUGAUCAUUGCACUCGCGAAAGCGGAAAAAGGUGAACGGAAUGCACCCAACGAGGAGUACGAGCGUUUGAUGCAGGACUACGCGGAUGCACUAGGAUACGCGUCCGUUGCCCACCUCGAUAAGGUGAUGUCGAAGCUAACCGCACUCGUGAUCGACGAGAGUGCGGUGAAAAAGUCGAGCAGCUUCUUCUCUAACCUCAACUUUAUAAAGGAUACGGCGCGCGAGCUGGAGGCGUACAAGAUGAAGGUCCUGGCGUUGCAAGCCCUGCACAGGAUCGUCGGCAGAGCACCGAAGGAGAAGGUUUCGCAGCACUUUACCGAUCCGGUUGUGCGUUAUUUGAUCGCCCAGUUCGACAGCAAGGAGCUGUUUGUGCGCCAGCUCGUCCUGAGCACGCUGCUCGCCCUCACCGGUGUCCUUGCGCCACCGGAUGGGGACAGUUUAAGCCGCGGGGAUGAGCGCAUGACGGGCGAACGGAACCGUGCGGAGUUGCACCGGAUGUGCAUGACGAUUACGGUUGAUACUGCGAAUGAUUAUCUGCCGCUGUUGCCGUCAAUCAUCCAGCUUGCGACAGUGCUGGUGCAGCUGAGCGCGGAAGAGCAAAACCUCGACGUUAACGGGCUGCUGAAUGCGAUCUGUUUUUACUUUUUCACGACGGCGCAAAACCUCAAAUCGCGGUUGGACACGACGGAGGAUGACGCGCGCACGAGCUAUCUGGCGCGGUUCCUUAAUCUUGCCCUCCCGGAGGUGAACUGCUUCAUCCGGACGGUGUUGGUGCAGCAAAACGCGUCGCCCGCAUGCCUCGACGACGUCCACUCGAUCCUUGAGAAGUGGCUUAAGGAUCGAAACGGUGAGGUGCGGAUUUGUGCCUGCCACGUUUACAACAGCACGCUCGAGGUGUACAUGCGCUCGAUGAAGAUCGGUUGCGAGGCACCGUCGAAGUUCAACCAAACUGGCAGCAUGCUCGGGAAGAUCAUACCACGUUGCAUUGAUUCAAACGCAACCGUCCGCCAGACAGCGGUGGACGUGCUGAAGAAGAUCCUUGAGAUUGCGUGCGUGUACGAGACGCUUACGGUGGCGGAUGGUAGCGUCGAAUGGGUCGGUGAGCUUGACCGGAUCCGGUGUGAGAUCGUGACGGAUGACGCGAAGGACAUCUACCGGAUUGCGGCGGAGUUGGCGCGCAUUAUCGCGCAGCGUUUGUCCAACUACCAGUACGUGCAGUUCAGCAAGUGCCUGCUGUACAGCGUGAAUGAUCCAGAAUCGAGCUCUGUUAUCGGUGCCUCUUACGUGCUGAAGUUUUUCAUGCACGUGAAGGGUUCCGAGAUGUUCCACGCCAUACCGGAGCUUGUGAAGGAGUGUCUUUACGCUGUUAAAGUAUGCGAAGUACCGCGGGCCAAAACGACGAUACUUAAAUCCAUCCUGGCACUGACGAAACACCACCCGAAGCUGGUGUGUAACGAGAUCCUUACGCAGUGUUUGCCACUCGAAGAGCACGUCAUCGAGUACUGGAAGACGCUUACGAUGGAUCCGGAUUUGAGCGGUAUCAUAUUGGACAACUUCAUUGGCACCGUCACCUCCACUUGCUUGUUCGAACAGCCUCAGCAGCAGGAACAGAAUGAUGAUGCGACACGCACCGCCACAAUGCAACCGUUUGCGAUCGUGUGUGUGCUGCGGGAGAUGUUCCGGUGUAGCGAGCUAAGGAACGAGAUGCAGACGCGCUUUGCGGAGAUUUUCUGUAUGCUUCUGUCGACACUCGCUUCCUAUAUUACGCUGUUGCCACCGUAUAGCGUGUUGGCACAACCUGGUGGCCUCACGAAUAACGUCACUAUCCUGAAAGGCAGUAAGCGAAACGUGAAGGGUUCCACGAGCGGCUCCGGAACCGGCAAGGAUGCGCCUAAGUUGAGCCCCUGCCAGACAGUGCUGGAUGCGUUCCAGACAUUCCUCGAGACGCUCGACAUGCAGCAGAUUUCGCUCGUGCUUGGUGUAUGUCCUGAUUUGGCCGCUAGCACCGAUCUGAAUAGCUUCAUCGAGAUUUUAACACCACUCGGAGUGGCGACGGCCAGUGAGGUUGGGAUUAAUUCUGCUCUGAUGCGCCAAAUUGUCACGACGAUGAGCCGGUACGUGAACAGUCCGUACGACACGCAGCGGAUCGCCUCGACCGGGUUCUACGCGCAUCUCGUUCCGUUACAACCGUGCGGUGAAACCGCAUCCGUCAUCAUGCUCAGCCUCGAGCUGUCCUUGAACGAUCCGAAUCCGCUCGUACGGGGGCUUAGCAUUCGCGGUUUAGCGUACGUUUGCAGCCUAACCCGGCACGAUAUCGAUAAGUACGCGACGAUGUGCCUCACGUCGCUGUUGAAGGGUAUUGAGGAUUACAACAAGCACUGUUUCAUCAACAUCCCGCUCGACAGCAUGCGCGGGUUGUCGCGUGUGUUGCAGGCGAUCCAGCCAGCCAAAUUCGAACCGUUUCAGGUGUCGUCCGCCAUCCGGAUUCGGCCGUUUUUCGAGAAAAGCUCCACGGAGCUGCGCGAAUCCGCCAUCCUGCUCUUUGGUGAUCUGUGUGGGCUUAAGCUGAAGCAGUUGGCCAUUGAAGGGGACGAGCGGUUAGAGCUUGGGGUGUCGGAAUCGUUGAUGGAGCAGCUGAGGGCCAACCUUUGCUCGCUGUUGCUGCAUUUGUGCGAGCAAAAUAGCAUGAUUGCACGGGCGUGUAAAAUCGCUCUCAAGAACGUGUGCGCCCUGCUCGGUACGGUCAAAAUGAACGCCCUCGCUCAGAACCAUCUGCUCGAGCAUGGCCAACUGCAAUGUGCCGUCUUCCUGAAGGACUUUGUGAAGCUUAUCGGUGAGGAGUUGCAAGAAUGGAUCAACGACUUUAUCGAUGCCUGCUUGCCCCUACUUAGAAGCCAGUGGCCAGAAAUACGAGGGAAUGCUGCAAUACUUAUAGGAUUACUACACUGUCAGAACACGAACGUUAAAUGCCAGCACAUGGAGCAGAUUGGGCACAAAAUGUCGCUGCUGCUAAAGGACGAAUGCACGUCGGUCAAGGUUAGCGCGUCGGAGGCCCUCGGUUACAUUUACGGCGAGAUGUGAACUUCCGGUAGGAUGCAACGAUGAAGGCGUUGUUUUGCAGCUUCGCUUGCUCGUUACUUACAACUUAUUCCAUCGCGCUCUACUCUGCGUGAACUUAUCUCAUUAGGUUUGUUGUUUUGUUAUGUUUAUUAUUGCUA